GGCUCGUCCCGAGAGAACGGCGCCUGCUUUCCAUUCCACCUGGGGCUCGGGCGCGACCAACGACGGACGAGCAGCAACAAUGCUCCGCCUCUCCCGCUUCCUCCCCUCCACCUCCAGGGGAGUCACUGACCUAAAAGAUGUUCUCUGGAGCGGUUCGUUGACAUUCAAGCACGCGCUUUCAACUUCAGCUGCAAAUGUUGAUGAGAAUGCAUCUGUUAAAAAGUAUGCGAGCUACACUGUGUUCAAGGGAAAGGCUGCACUUUCUAUAAGUCCUAUCCUUCCUUUAUUCACCAAAGUUGAAUCUGGAGGAUCUCGAGUGGACAGGAAUGGGUCAGUAAUGUUGACCUUUUUCCCGGCAGUUGGACAAAGGAAGUACGACUAUACAAAGAAACAGCUCUUUGCUCUGUCACCUACUGAAGUUGGGAGCUUGAUAAGUCUUGGGCCUGCUGAAUCAUGUGAAUUUUUCCAUGAUCCUUCCAUGAAAUCAAGUCAUGAAGGCCAAGUGAAAAAAUCUUUGUCAAUCACUCCUCUUGGCAGUGACAAUGGAUACUUUGUUAACAUAACUGUUCUGAAUAAUGUGCAGAAGACCAACGAACGCCUUUCAGUCCCUGUAACAAAAGCUGAAUUUGCAGUUAUGCGCACGGCAUUGAGUUUUGCAUUGCCGCAUAUCAUGGGUUGGGACCAGGCCCUAUCGACUCACCCUCAAAGCACCUCGACCUCAGCUAGCAAGCCUAGGUUCGAGCGGCCAAAUCCAGCUUCGGAGUGGGACAGGUGAAGCUUUCCCCCUAGCAGCAGAUAGCCGGAGGGCUCUAAACACCGCCACAGGUCGCCACUGAAUGUGUGGAGGUGUGGGAUGUUGAACUGUGUUUCUUUUCUGAUCAAACUAGGGAACUCUCAGAUUUUAUGGUACCCAAGGAGAUUGAAGUUAGGAUGAAAAGCACCAUGAAACCUCUUGUGUCUGUUCAGUGCACGUGUAGAUUCAUGGCGAAUGUCUAUUCUAGAUUAAGCUAUAACUUGCGUUUGAUGUCCUCAGUGGCUGUUCAAUCC